CAAGUUUAUCACAGCGUGCGCGGCGUCGGGCCGUGAACGAACAGACCGGAGGGGCAAACGCCGACGGGGCUUGCUGCAGAGUUGAGCCGUUCUCUGCAUGUCCGAGUGAGUACGUACUUGGGGGGUGUGGUGUAGCAACAGCGGUCUCGUCGGAGAGCGAAGAGGAUCAGCCACAGCGCCAUGGAGGAAUCGGGCAACAAGGUGUGGCACAUCGCGUACAAUCUGUUUCUCGUGCUGUACUACAUCGUCGAGGCGAUCGUGCUGAAGUUCGUGCCGCGCAAGUACCUGCACCGCAAGAGCGUGGCCUGCGAGACGGUGCUGGUGACGGGCGCCGGCAGCGGCAUCGGGCGCCUGCUUUCGCUACGGUUCGCGCAGCGCGGGGCGCGCCUAGUGCUCUGGGACAUUGACCGGGCGGGCAACGAGGAAACGGCGCGCUUGAUCCGCGAAGCCGGCGGCAAGGCCUGGCCCUACGUGUGCAACGUGGCCGAGAGCAAGACCGUGUACGAGACCGCGGCCCGGGUCCGCGAGGAGGUCGGCCGCGUCGACAUCGUCGUCAACAACGCCGGCGUCGUGUCUGGCAAGCGGCUUCUCGACCUGCCCGACGAGAUGAUCGUGCGAACAUUCCAGAUCAACACCCUGGCCCACUACUGGGUGGUGAAGGCGUUCCUUCCGGACAUGAUGGCCGCGAAUCACGGCCACAUCGUGUCGAUCGCGUCGCUGGCCGGACUGGGCGGUGUGUGCCGACUGACCGACUACUGCGGCUCCAAGUUCGCCGCGGUGGGCUUCCAGGAGUCGCUUGCCAUGGAGAUGGCCACCGAGGGCUGCACUGGCAUUCGCUUCACCACCGUGUGCCCCUUCUUCAUCAACACGGGCAUGUUCGCCGGCGUGGAGCCGGGCGUGUUCGGCUUCCUGCGGCCCGAGUACGUGGCCGACGAGACGAUCGAAGCGGUGCUCAGGGACAAGCCUCUCCUCAUCAUGCCCAGGAUCUUCUACUCGCUAGUCGCGCUCAAGACAAUUGUUCCCGCGGGGGUGCUGCUCAUCGCGGCCCGACUCAUGAACACGCAAAAGGCCAUGAUCCACUACUACGGCCGGUCGUAGAACGGCGGCGGCUGCGACGCACCCCACACACGUGCCUCGUCGACGAGGCGGCGGCCGUCCGCGUGCGCAUGCGCGCUUGUGUCACGUGGUCACCGCCCUCUUCUGCGAGGAGCCCUACCCGCGCAAACCAGCCGGCAUCGUGCGAUUCGUCAUCAUCAUCACCAGAAAAACUUUAUUGUACAGACUGAGGAGUUUGGGGCAAGCAGGCUCCCGGGCCCCCGCACGACCCCACUGCACUCAAGCGUUUGUGUUGCUUCGGUCUAUAACGCUGGCAGCCCGAUAAGUAGCCAUUGUCAUCCUUGCGCACGAGCAGACCAAGGAAGUUUAAAGAAGGAAAAAAAAACACAAAAUAUUGUAGCUCGCAAGGCCUUCUGCACUGGAAGGCGAAAAAAAAAAACAGCAUUGGUGAGCUGAGUUUGUGGAGCAUGCAGAACAUAAACUUUGGGCGAGUUGGUACGGUUUCGUCUUGUAGAAUUCAGCGCACACAAAUGACAAAAGACAAAAGCUCGCCGCGUCUGCCCGUGCGUUCCUUUUUAUUUUUCCUUUUUCUUUUUUGUGCUCUCGGCAAUAUUGCGCGCUGAACUCUACAAGAAGAUGAGCUGCGCUCGCAUGAGCCUUAGAACCCCCAAACACGCAUGCCCGUCUUUUUGUGCGCCUUUUUCUUUUACUUCUCAUUCUUCUCCUGUCCUCAUCACUCGACGUACACUAUUUCUUCUUUUCUUUCUUUUUGAUCCGAAGUGCAAUCUUGGUAAAAGGUUCCGAGACCUAUAUACGCCUGGACUAGACCGGACCUGUCGUCAGAGUGCCAAUCAGGGUCGUUUGAAGAACUCUCGCUGCUCCGAAGUCUCGGAGACCGGAAUGGAACAGAAUUCAUUACAGUAUUAUUAGGCUGCAAAGACACACAAACGAAACAGCGUCAGCCUGCGUCACUAUGUAUAGCAGCUAGAAAUCAGCCUCAUUAAUAAUGAAUGCGGAAAAUUUUCAGGUGAUAAUUUCGUUAAAUGGAAUAGAAACCAUCGUCACGACCUGGGCAGCGACCUCGCUGGACACACCGAGAUUCUUUUAUUACUUCAGACAAGGGAGCUCUCUCUUUAGUUGUGCGAAACGUUGAACGAAGGAAGAAGGCAAGGGGGCUGUCAUUCUUUUAGUCCGACCACGGAUGGUCAUCGAGCGGCCAUGGUCCGACCUGUGAGGUACGCGUUCUGUGCCUGUUUAUUUUUCUUGCUCGAAUAGAUAUGUGACAGUAGACGUGAUUUUCUCACCUGGCUCAGGUAGCUGGAGGUCAUCGCGCGCUAAACGUGUACCUACGUUUAAAGUAAGGUGGGGUGCGUUGAGAUAAA